AUGGGUGAAGUGUUCGGCGUAAUAGCUGCAGGACGAGCGCCCUCACAAUUUGUUCAAGCUGGCGAGAGGGAGUUUUUAUGCGAGAUAGGAAAUGCAUCGAAUGUUAACCACGUCGUAGUUUUCAUCACUGGUGUGCAUCCAUUCCCAGACGGACUGGGUGGAUCAGGUACGGAAGUGUCCCAAAUUAUCCAACAAUUUGUAGUAUAUGUUCGAUGGCCAUCACCUGAAGGUCAGGAUGCUGGCUGGCAUUAUCUCGGAUUCAUAUGCAAUAUGAAACCCAGUGCUAUUUUCAAGAUUGCUCAGCUUCACUUGUCUGAAGUGCGUCACACUGGUGUAUUCAGUGGAGGUAUGAGCGGAGGUGGAGCGAUGGGAUCAGUACAAAUAGGAAUAAUGGUGGAACCACUCGCGGCUAUUGAAGGAAGAGAAGCUGCUGAAGGAACUCAAAUCAGUCAGCAGUCAACGCUGAGCGAAUUCGCGGAAACCCUGCUCCGUAACUUGGUGAAUCAUGCUGAAUCUUAUACAACACGAUUGUCUAGGCCGGAUGGACAGGGAUUUGCUGACUAUAUCCCUGUUACUGCGCUACAGGAGUGGUACAACAAUUUUCAACGACGAUUCCAACAAAACCCAUACUUUUGGAGAUCUCUCCGUAAUGUGUAG